AUGUAUGAUCAAGCAACUGGUACCUAUAGCACUGGUUCGUAUCCAGAGCGUUAUAUGUCUCUUGAAGGUAAUGAUUUACAUGUUGCUAUUAAUAAUCAGGUUGAUCAGCUUGAAUAUUUUGUCCCAAGCAACCUUCGUGCUGCCUCUGAUGGCUCUUCUAAUCUCUCUUUCUCUGUCAACGACCUUCGUCUUGCUGUAACGACUCAGGCCUACUAUGAGGCUUUAGCCCGUUCUGGAUCUAGAUAUGAUGAGCAGAUUCUUCAGUUCUUUGGUGUGCGAUCGCCUGAUGCCCGUCUCCAGAAUCCUGAGUAUCUCGGUGGUAAUCGUAUUCAGCUUAAUGUCCAUGAGGAGUUGAUAAACGUGGCUUUAAUGCUUAAUCCUGAUACUAAUGUUGGUACGGUGCAGCCGUAUCACUCUGCUAAUGCCAGCCAAUCGAAGCAGCCUGUUGUUGUUGCCGUUCCUACGACUGUUAAAACGGCUCAGGCUGCUCAGAUUGCCAAUGCCGCGGCUGCGGCUUUUACUUCGGACGUAUUUCGCGGAAAUCCGUCCGGAGAUUUUGUGCAGACUGCGAUAUCGCAGUCUGCAACACCUUCGGGCCAGCCGUCGACCGCUGUCGCGGAUGCAGUAGUCUCCAAUCUUGUUCGACCUGUCGCAAGCAGCGCUGCUAGUGCUGCUGAGAAUGCAGCCAAUUUUAUCCGGAGCGCUACCGGCGAGAGUUCCUCGGCCGGCACUGGCUCCGGUUUAGAGCGUUAUAUGUCUCUUGAAGGUAAUGAUUUACAUGUUGCUAUUAAUAAUCAGGUUGAUCAGCUUGAAUAUUUUGUCCCAAGCAACCUUCGUGCUGCCUCUGAUGGCUCUUCUAAUCUCUCUUUCUCUGUCAACGACCUUCGUCUUGCUGUAACGACUCAGGCCUACUAUGAGGCUUUAGCCCGUUCUGGAUCUAGAUAUGAUGAGCAGAUUCUUCAGUUCUUUGGUGUGCGAUCGCCUGAUGCCCGUCUCCAGAAUCCUGAGUAUCUCGGUGGUAAUCGUAUUCAGCUUAAUGUCCAUGAGGAGUUGAUAAACGUGGCUUUAAUGCUUAAUCCUGAUACUAAUGUUGGUACGGUGCAGCCGUAUCACUCUGCUAAUGCCAGCCAAUCGAAGCAGCCUGUUGUUGUUGCCGUUCCUACGACUGUUAAAACGGCUCAGGCUGCUCAGAUUGCCAAUGCCGCGGCUGCGGCUUUUACAUCGGACGUAUUUCGCGGAAAUCCGUCCGGAGAUUUUGUGCAGACUGCGAUAUCGCAGUCUGCAACACCUUCGGGCCAGCCGUCGACCGCUGUCGCGGAUGCAGUAGUCUCCAAUCUUGUUCGACCUGUCGCAAGCAGCGCUGCUAGUGCUGCUGAGAAUGCAGCCAAUUUUAUCCGGAGCGCUACCGGCGAGAGUUCCUCGGCCGGCACUGGCUCCGGUUUAGAGCGUUAUAUGUCUCUUGAAGGUAAUGAUUUACAUGUUGCUAUUAAUAAUCAGGUUGAUCAGCUUGAAUAUUUUGUCCCAAGCAACCUUCGUGCUGCCUCUGAUGGCUCUUCUAAUCUCUCUUUCUCUGUCAACGACCUUCGUCUUGCUGUAACGACUCAGGCCUACUAUGAGGCUUUAGCCCGUUCUGGAUCUAGAUAUGAUGAGCAGAUUCUUCAGUUCUUUGGUGUGCGAUCGCCUGAUGCCCGUCUCCAGAAUCCUGAGUAUCUCGGUGGUAAUCGUAUUCAGCUUAAUGUCCAUGAGGAGUUGAUAAACGUGGCUUUAAUGCUUAAUCCUGAUACUAAUGUUGGUACGGUGCAGCCGUAUCACUCUGCUAAUGCCAGCCAAUCGAAGCAGCCUGUUGUUGUUGCCGUUCCUACGACUGUUAAAACGGCUCAGGCUGCUCAGAUUGCCAAUGCCGCGGCUGCGGCUUUUACAUCGGACGUAUUUCGCGGAAAUCCGUCCGGAGAUUUUGUGCAGACUGCGAUAUCGCAGUCUGCAACACCUUCGGGCCAGCCGUCGACCGCUGUCGCGGAUGCAGUAGUCUCCAAUCUUGUUCGACCUGUCGCAAGCAGCGCUGCUAGUGCUGCUGAGAAUGCAGCCAAUUUUAUCCGGAGCGCUACCGGCGAGAGUUCCUCGGCCGGCACUGGCUCCGGUUUAGAGCGUUAUAUGUCUCUUGAAGGUAAUGAUUUACAUGUUGCUAUUAAUAAUCAGGUUGAUCAGCUUGAAUAUUUUGUCCCAAGCAACCUUCGUGCUGCCUCUGAUGGCUCUUCUAAUCUCUCUUUCUCUGUCAACGACCUUCGUCUUGCUGUAACGACUCAGGCCUACUAUGAGGCUUUAGCCCGUUCUGGAUCUAGAUAUGAUGAGCAGAUUCUUCAGUUCUUUGGUGUGCGAUCGCCUGAUGCCCGUCUCCAGAAUCCUGAGUAUCUCGGUGGUAAUCGUAUUCAGCUUAAUGUCCAUGAGGAGUUGAUAAACGUGGCUUUAAUGCUUAAUCCUGAUACUAAUGUUGGUACGGUGCAGCCGUAUCACUCUGCUAAUGCCAGCCAAUCGAAGCAGCCUGUUGUUGUUGCCGUUCCUACGACUGUUAAAACGACUCAGGCUGCUCAGAUUGCCAAUGCCGCGGCUGCGGCUUUUACAUCGGACGUAUUUCGCGGAAAUCCGUCCGGAGAUUUUGUGCAGACUGCGAUAUCGCAGUCUGCAACACCUUCGGGCCAGCCGUCGACCGCUGUCGCGGAUGCAGUAGUCUCCAAUCUUGUUCGACCUGUCGCAAGCAGCGCUGCUAGUGCUGCUGAGAAUGCAGCCAAUUUUAUCCGGAGCGCUACCGGCGAGAGUUCCUCGGCCGGCACUGGCUCCGGUUUA